GAUGACACGCCGCUGUAUGGAUACGCCUUGCUAGCGACCACGUCGGUGAUGUUCUUUGUGUCGAUCUAUUCCUUGGUUGUGUCAAAGUUCAUGCCGCACACUGGAAUCCGGUUCCUGGACAUGAUAAAGGACGACCAGUACUACUGCCUACUCGUGCCGAUCACCAGCCUGUCGUUCGUCGUUGCUGUGUUCUGGAACUGGCUUGGAAUGAAGUUCUUCCGGCACAACUAG